GUUAUAUCCAUGAUUAGCACGUGUUUGCAAGCAGUUUUCCUGGUUAAAAAAGGAAAACAGAAUUGACAGUUUAAGUGCUAUGUAACCGUAUUGGUAGGUUUUAGUGUUGUUGUUUUAUAUUAGUCUACUCAUUAUGGAAUUUGCCGGUGCUGUGAGGGAAAGUAAAAGGGAAGCCUUCAACUCUUAUAAUAGUUUAUUAUGUGUUGCUCAGGCUGUUACUGGCUCAUACACAACCAUUGAUUUAAGAAAUGAUUCUUUUAUUUCUGGGAAAAUAGAACAAGUUGAUGGGUUUAUGAAUAUUGUUAUAAGUGAUGCUUUAUUUACUGAUGCCUGCGGAAAUGAAUUUUAUUAUGAUCUUUUUUUUGUUAAGGAGAGAAAUAUUAGAUACAUUCAUUUACCAGAAGAGAUUUCUAUUGCAGAAGUAAUUGAGCGUAAGGUGAAUCCUAUACGGAUAAAGAGAAAACUUCCUACUAGUUUUAAAGGAAAAAAGCUAAUGACCAGACAAUUAGAGACAUUAGCUCGGGUUAAACAAAUCAAAUUGGAGCGUCAAAAUAAGAAAGCAGAAUCCAUGAAAGAAAAGCAAUAGGAAUCUUAAGAGUAUAAGAAGCUAAUAUUAUCAGAUAUGAGGAGAAAAGGUCAUGGCAAAAAAUAAGUUGGACAGGAAAAUAUUCUAAAAGGAUAUUCUUUUAGAAUA